AUAACUAACUGAGACGUAUGGUCUGAGGGUUUUGACCUCCUGUGGAUGCUACUGUCUUCUCCUGUCCUUGUGUCGUCUUUCUCUUCUUCUUCUUCUUCUUCUUUUCCUCCUGACUGGAAGCAAACAUGGCUUUCUACAAGCACACAGCUCCCCGGAGUUACGUCAGCGCCACCAUGACCGACCGCUUCGACUGCUACUACUGCCGCGACAACCUGCACGGGAAGAAGUACGUGAAGAAGGACGAGAAGCACGUGUGCCCCAAGUGCUUCGACAAGCUCUGUGCCAACACCUGUGCAGAGUGCAAGCGCCCCAUCGGUGCGGAUUCUAAGGAGCUGCACCACAAGAACCGCCACUGGCACGAGGACUGUUUCCGCUGUGCCAAGUGCUACAAGCCGCUGGCCAGCGAGCAGUUCAACGCACGGGACGAUGGCAAGAUCAUGUGUGGCAAGUGUAGCUCCCGGGAGGAUGGUAACCGGUGCCAGGGCUGCUACAAGGUGGUCAUGCCAGGAACCCAGAACGUUGAGUACAAGAAAAAGGUGUGGCACGAGGAAUGCUUCACCUGCUUUGACUGCAAGCAGCCAAUCCGCACACAGAGUUUCCUGGCCAAGGGCGACGACAUCUACUGCGGCCCCUGCCAUGACAAGAAGUUUGCCAAGAAAUGCUUCCACUGCAAGCAGCCCAUCACCUCUGGGGGGAUCAGCUACCAGGACCAGCCCUGGCACUCCGACUGCUUUGUGUGCCGCACCUGCCGCAAAUCUCUGGCAGGAGUCCGCUUCACCUCCCACGAGGACAGCGUCUACUGCGUGGACUGCUACAAGACCGACGUGGCCAAGAAGUGCCACGGCUGCAAGAACCCCAUCACAGGAUUCGGCCACGGCACCAACGUGGUGAACUACGAGGGCUACUCUUGGCACGAUUACUGCUUCAACUGCAAGAGGUGCAGCCUGACUCUGGCAAACAAGCGCUUCGUGAUCAGCGGGGAUCACAUCCACUGCCCCGACUGUGCCAAGAAGCUGUGAGCUGCACCGUCAGCAGUGCAGAAUAUCACGGUGUUAACAAGUGGGAUUACACCAGAACUGACAGUUUAGACUUUCAGUUUGCAACAGAACAAGUUUAGUGAAGCAUCUUCUUCUGAAGUGGACAGUUUAGGGGUUAUUUCAACUCAAUAUGCACUAUAGCUUCAAUCAUUUAUCCACAGCUACAUAAGUGCAGCUUGUAUUAGUGACAGGGUGUUGGAUACUAACAUGGAAACAGUGUAACAUUAGUCUAAUCUAAUCCAGGAUUCUGUGCAUCUUUAUCAGACGAGAAGCCUUUUCAGUGCCUUACUGGAAUCUAGAAUAAACUGCUGCUCAUCAUACACACCAGCUUUGAUUAUUAAUCUGUCUCUUGACGCCUGGAUGUUUUUUUUAGCAUUUAAUAUGAUGUGUAGAGUGAAUGUAAAUCUCACAUUAGGUUUUUGAGGUUGAUGCUGAAAUAUAAACUGAUCGUGUAUCCAAGACUUUGGGUGUAAACAAGAAUAAAAAGAAAUAAAUAUAAAACAUGGAAAAAGGA